CACACACACACACCUCGGCACAGAGCGCUAUGUGAGCUCCUCUCUCCUCCACACACACACACACACACAGGAAUACUGCAGCAGCGCGUUGUUCACAUCACUGGAGAAGAUGGGAAACUCGUACGCAGGGCAGCUGCGCACCACACGUUUCGAGGAGGUUCUGCACUACUCCAUCGAGGCGUCUCUGCGUUCCAACAGUGUAGUACCCAGACCGGUGUUCUCGCAGCUGUAUCUAGAACCAGAGCAGACACCCCCCUCUCGAGAAGGGCAAAUGGAAAAUGAGGAAGAUGAUGAUGAGGAUGGUUCCGAGUCUAACAGUCCUCCCAUUCCAUAUCAGAUGAAGCCUGCUCCAGAAGGCUCCUGCACCACUGAUGGAUUCUGUCAGGCAGGAAAAGACCUGCGACUGACCUCAAUGUCCACUGAAAAUCUGGACGUGCCACCGGGAUUUCAACUGGUUGGGGCCAAAUCUCCCAGUAUACCCAGCCACAUACUGGUGUGUGCAGUGGAUCGACGUUUUCUCCCGGAUGAAUGCGGACGAAAUGCACUUUUAGGUUUUUCAGGGAACUGCAUGGGCUGCGGUGAGAAAGGAUUCCGCUACUUCACCGAGUUCUCCAAUCACAUCAACCUGAAGCUCAUCACGCAGCCAAAGAAGCAGAAGCACUUAAAAUACUAUCUGUUCAGGAACGCCCAGGGUGUGCUGGUCAAGGGCCCGCCCAUCUGCUGGAAAGCAAUCGAUAGCCGUGUAAGACAGACCUCCCCAAACGUGUCUGCUGGUCUAGACGUGCUGCAGCCGUCUGCUCCUGUAGCGAGCAACUCUCUGCCUAGUGCAGGACCUGUGGGUGUGAGCACAGCCAACUACACAGAUCUGAGCACACAUCUCCACGCCCCGGAAACUUCCCCUGCAAUGACCAACGGCAGCCACGGUCCAGCUUCCCAGCAGCCUCUGCCCCAGACGGGCGUGGUGUCCAACGGGCCGGGAAGAUCCACAGGAGCCAUGGCUAACACAGGACCACCCAAAAAGAGACACAAGGGCUGGUCCCCAGAGUCGGUGGGACACACUGAAGCCAGCAGCAGACCUGUGGCCUCCAACACAGCCAAUGGGACGAAGUCAGCUGAUGACCUUGUGUGUCUGGCAGACAUGGGAAACUCCGCGUCUCAGGGGUGGUCCCCCCCCGCCCCCCCGGAGGAGUCGGUUACCGUGCCUCAUAAUUUACUCCAAACCUGCGGAGUACAGCCAGUUAUAUUUAAAGGACAUGGGGAUCUGCCACAUCUCUGCGGGAACACGAGUGAAGUGUUGGUGAACUGCUGGCUGCAGGCGUGUUACCGAAGCUCCCAGAAACUGCCGCGUGUUUAUGAGCAGUACGGCGCGUCCUCCGUCCAGCCGCUGUCCACUGAGAUGCAGGUCCUGCUGACUGUCUACUAUCUGGUCCAGCUGGGCCCAGACCAGAUCCCCCUGAUGGAGGACUUGGAGCAGAUCCUCAUGCGCUCUUGGCGUGAGUCACACCUGACGGAAAUCCGUCAGUACCAGCAGAGUCAUGCCCAGUUUCCUGCCCCGCUGCCUGGCCUGGCACAGCCCCUAACCCCCUCUCAGCUCCCUUGGCUGGCCAAACUGGCCACCAGCUCCUGCGGUGACGCCGUGCUAGUGUUGGACGCCGCGCCCUCGUUAUCCGAAGCGCUGGCAGACACUUUCCGAAGGCUAAUGGAGGGCAAGCUGAGUCACACACAUUUCGUGGUGAUCAUUUGCAUGGGCCGGAGCCAGGAGACCGAGUCCUGCGUGGUGGUUACAGGGAAGCACCAGGCGCGAGCCCUGGCAGAGAGUAUGCUCUCCCCAAGCGAAUGUGUACGAGAAAUCAGUCAGGAGUUUUCCUCUGGGAUGACGGCGGAGUUAGAUGCCUAUGUUAGCUCCCUAGGUCCAGAUGGAAAUGUGGAGAGUUUGCUGGAGAAAGUCAACGCAGAGACUCACAGCGUUUCUGCUCACGCACAUGGGAAGGAAAGCUGUGCAGAAGCCACGUGUACAGGUGAAUCUCACAUGAUCAAGCUCGUCCAGUCUAUUUUACUGCACCGAAUUUGGAGCGAAUUCAUUGUCCGAUCUCGUCCACCAGAAUUUCGGGUAGAGUGGCAUGAGAUCCGGCCCAUUCAGCUGGCAGUGGCACGGAAGCUGUUGUCCCACGUGUGUGCGAUUGCCGACUCCAGCACUCACAACCUGGAUCUCGGCUCUUUUGACAAGGUGGAGUUCUUAAUAUGCGUGCCUCCUUCUGAGGUGACGUUCCAGCAAGUGGUCCUGCACCUGUGGAACUCAGGGGUCCUUCAGGAAUUAGGUAUGGACCAGGACUGUUUGUCUCCAAAAGCUGCUGAGCAGUACGUCGUAAAAUUAGAUCAGACUGCUGCGGCUAAGAUCAACGGCCUCAUUCAGAAGUCCAAGUUAAACCCCUAUACCCUUUUCAUUGUAGUGCACGACCAUGCACACUGGGACGUCACCAGUGAAGAGUGUGGGAGGGUUGGUGGUUUGUCCAGCGCAGGACUAGUGGACAGUCUGCUGAACUGCAGGCACAUCCAAGACGCACCCAAUGUCCUGAUUCUCCAUGUUACCUCCUUCCCAUUUGCCCUGCAGACUCAAUACACACGCGUCAGCCCCUACAAUGAAAUCCACUGGCCGUCAGCAUUCAGCAAUGACGUGGAUCUGUACCAAGAGAAAACCAAAUACUUUGGCGUGUCUGAGCUGCUGGAGUCCACGCGAUCGGGGAGCGGCCUGCCGCUGUUACGCUUCGACAGCUCGUUUGAGAGCAUGGUCACCGCGCUGGAGGAGAGGUUUCCCAAACUGCACAGCUCUGUAAUCCGCACGCAGGUCCUCCUCCAGCAUUAUUCCGUGGCUCUGUUGGCUGCAGCCAGAGGCCAGGUCCAGCUGCAGAAACACACCUCUGUAGAAACCCUGGAGAUCGUGCAGUGUCUGCUGGGCUCGGCGCGACACUGCCCCAGCCACCACGGGUACAUGCUGCUGCUGCGGAUCCCCUUCCCGUGUCUGGCGGCACUGGCACAUCAGCGUCUGUGCCACGUGCGUGACCGCCUGGGCCUCCACGAGCAUUUCGAAAUCGUCCUGGGAGACCCCACAUCCGGGAUCGUUGUGGGAAAGCACUUCCUGAGCCAGCUGCGGGUGUGGCUGAAGAUCCAGGACCCUGACUGGACGCCUCGCACAUACCUGGAUUUGGAGGCUUUACCCUGCAUCCUGAUUUUCACCGGCAUGAAUCCGAUGGGGGAGUCGCUGCCAAGGUCGUUGAAGUACUGUGACGAGCGAGUGAUAAGCUGCUGCGCUCUGCAGCGCACGGCUCUGGAGCAGGAACUCGGUCUGGCUGCGUACCUGGUGCGUGUGGAGGAGCAGAGACAGCGCGGGCCGCCGGCCUCCAGUGACCUGUCUGAGAGCGACCCGGACAAACUCAGCAGCACCGACAACGAGGAGGAGGAGUCCACAAUGGACGUGAGCAGGGCGCUCCCCGGGCUGGAUCACCCUCAGCAGACACGAGAUGAAUCGUCUCCGAACAAGCCGAUCCGAUCCUCUAAGUCCACCUCCCCUGACUCCUUGUCAUCGUCUCAGACGUCUACACAGCGCCACUGCUGCUCCUGGGCCCGCAACAUCAACAAGCCGCCCGUGGUGCUCCUCCCCAAGGCUUUGUACGAUCUCAUCACCAGCGUGGAUGCCAGUGGCUUGCCCAAGCCCAUGUCCUUCCUCCCGCACCUGUGUGUGGAGUGGGCCAGCUCCUUCAGACCCCUCCUCAGUAAGAUGAUGACCUGCACGGAGCAGUCUCUGUACUACAGGCAGUGGACCACGCCCAAACCUCAGCACAUGGACAGCAGCAACCGGGCCGAGGGACGCACCGACAACUUUCACCCUCGCAGACUGCUCCUCAGCGGCCCACCCCAGGUUGGUAAGACUGGUGCAUACCUGCAGUUCCUGGGCAUUCUCUCUCGAAUGCUGAUCAGACUCAUGGAGGUGGACAUCUAUGAUGAAGAGGACAUCAACUGCAGUUCCCAGUCUGAGUUGGUGAAGUUCCACCCGGCCGUGGCUUCAUGGCCCCAUGCGGACACCGUGAGAGGAAUACCUUUUGACUUUACCAUCCACGACCCCAAAUACGAGGGCAUCAGUACCAUCUACUCCCCUGACUUUACUCCAAAUGUGGAACGAAAUCCCAGACGUCAGGAGGACGUGUACCUUCGUCGCCGUACAGCUCGGAUAAAACUCUCCAAAUAUGCAGCAUAUAACACUUACCAUCACUGUGAGCAGUGCCAUCAGUACAUGGGGUUUAAUCCCCGAUACCAGCUGUGUGAGUCCACCCUGCACGCCUUCACUUUCUCUCAUCUGCUCCUUGGGGAAGAGAUACAGCUCUAUUUCAUAAUCCCUAAAUCCAAAGAGCAUCACUUCUCCUUCAGCCAACCAGGAGGCCAGCUGGAGAGCAUGAGACUUCCCCUCAGCUCUGAUUGGAAUCCCGAUUGUAUAAAGAGUCCCAUAUUCACGCCCACCACGGGUCGGCACGAGCACGGCCUGUUUAACCUCUACCACGCCAUGGACGGAGCCGCUCACCUGCACAUCCUGGUCAUCAAAGAAUACGAGAUGGCUGUCUACAAGAAAUACUGGCCCAAUCACAUCAUGUUGGUCCUGCCCACCAUCUUCAACGGGGCUGGAAUCGGAGCAGCACAUUUCCUAAUUAAAGAACUGUCCUACCAUAAUCUGGAGCUGGAGCGCAGUCGGAGGGUGGAGCACGGCAGCCGACCUCAGGACGUCUGGCCCUUUAUCAUCCUGGCAGACGACUCCUGCGUCAUGUGGAACAUUGUCGACAUCGACCCCAAGAGUGGUACUACUGGAGCCGAGAGGAACGUGUCUCUGAAGCAGGUGCUGCAGCACAUGGAGUCGUCUCCGGACAUCACUCAGUACGGCCUGUGCGGUGUGAGGAAGUGGUCGAGCCGAGGAUCCGGCCCUGGCCGAAGGAGAGAGCCUUUCUCACGGGGACACCUGCAUGAUUUCUUUCUCCUUAACGUGGACCUCACUCAGAAUGUGCAGUACAACCAAAACCGCUUUACCUGUGACGAUGUAGACUUUAACCUCCGCGUCCACAGCGCCGGCCUUCUAAUCUGCCGCUUCAACAACUUCAGUGUGAUGAAGAAGCAGAUCGCGAUCGGAGGAUACAGAACGUUUAUCAUCAAGACCAAGAUGACUGAUGUACCCACCACAGUGCAGCCCUCCCAGUAUAUUUGUGCUCCAGACAGCAAGCACCAGUUCUUGGCCACUCCAGCUCAGCUUCUGCUAGAGAAAUACCUGCAACACACAAGUCAGCGGCUUUUCCCCCUCAGCACUGCCAAUUACAGCCACCCGGUGCUGUCUGUCGACUGCUACCUCAACCUGGGCCCCGAGGUAACAGUGUGUUUCGUCAGCUCAAGGCCACACUCCGUCAACAUCAGUACAGCAGGUCUGCACUUCAGUGGCCUCCUGCUUUACUUCUGCGACUCUUUCGUCACACCGGGUUUCCUCAAGAAGUUCCAGUUCCUGAAAGGGGCGACGCUGUGCAUCAUCUGCCCAAACCGCAGCGCCCUGCGUCAGACGGUGGUUCGUCUCGAGCUGGAGGACGAGUGGCGUUUUCGGCUGAGCGACGAGUUUCAGACGGCGAACGCCAAAGAGGACCAGCCGCUCUUCUUCCUCACGGGGACUCACAUCUGACGGAGAUCCUCAGGACCUCUGGACGUUCUGUAGGUAGCCGUGUGUGUAUAGUGAAGUAGAUGUCCUGUACACUUGCACUGCUCUGGUAUUGUGUCGCUUGUGUGAUGUUUCUCCUCUCUCGUUAGAACAAGGCCAAAUUAAAUCAGUUUCAUGUGUAUAUGGGAAAUAUAUAUUUAUUAUCAAAGCUGUGCUCGGAACACAACUGCAUUUUUGUUCUGCAUUUUAUUAUUAUUAUUAUUGCCAUCAUUUCUGCAUGGAGAAUAGAACAACUGACUGAAUGUUUUUGCAAAGGGUAUUUUGUAGAGAAAGAAUAUUUUUGUAUAUAUUUAUUUGGUCUGUUCUCUGCUCUUUUUUUUUUUUUUUUAAUUCCUGAGAAGAUUGUGUCAUUGUACAGUUUUAUUAAAUCACUGCU